AUGAUAAUUAGUGGUGAUAAUGAUAUUUCAGUCAUUUCUGGUAGUAGUAGUACAAGCAGUAAUAAUAGUAGUAGAAGUGUUAUUCAUGAAGAUGUAAUAAAGUGCGAGAUAUUAAGCCGACUCCCUAUCAAGUCACUUAUGCGUUUCAAAUGUGUAUCUAAAACUUGGCUGUCCCUAAUCAAAGAAGAUUCGUGUUUUGCUAAUUUACAUUAUGCACAUGCGAAAGCACGUCCAGGUUUACUUUUGGUGAAACAACUUGGUCGAUUGGAUCGAAAUAACUUGCAGGAGAACAGGAAGGACUUAAUUCUAACAGCCAAUCUAAGCAGGGAUAAUAGCCAAGCAGAAAUUCAGAAGAUAUGGGAGCUAAAAUCGUCUCGUCCGAAAGAAAUUCUGGGACCUGUGCAUGGUUUAAUCUGUUUAGUUGACAAACUCACGGAGGUUGUUCGUGUAUACAACCUUGGCACUGGAGAGCGUACACCACGUGUUAGAUCGAGAUUACGAAGGGUACAGCCACUUCCAGGUUUCUCUUUGUGUAAAGCCUAUCACUUUGGCUAUGAUCCUACCACAAAAAUACACAAAAUAUUGUGUGUCCGUUAUGUGUAUCGACAACGAGGUCCAAACAGCAACUGUAGGAGACAAGAAAUGGAGAAGGAUAGAUGA